AUGUCUCUGCCUGUCAGGAACCUAAAGUGUCUCUCGCCGGUCAUGUGCCAGUGUAAGGUCAUCUGCAGCAACCGGACCCUGUCUCUCAUGUUCGGGUGCAAGUACAGGUACCAGGAUGAGGAGACGCCCCCCUUGGAGCACAGUCCAGCACAUCUGGCUCCAGGGAAAAGUGCCGAGAUGCUUCAUAUGAGUGACAAGAACCUUGCUGCCAUGGAGGCCAUACAUGGCUACACGCCACACACACACAUCUCUCCUGUCAAGGGAAAUACUCCUCCAGUGGUGGUGAACACUGACACACUUGAUGGCUCUCCAUAUGUGAAUGGGACAGAAGGGGAAAUCGAGUAUGAGGAGAUCACACUGGAGCGAGGUAACUCAGGCCUCGGCUUCAGCAUAGCAGGAGGAACAGACAACCCGCAUGUGGGCGACGACCCCAGCAUCUUCAUCACCAAAAUCAUACCUGGAGGAGCGGCGGCUCAGGAUGGACGGCUGAGUGUGAACGACUGCAUCUUAUUUGUGAAUGAUGUUGAUGUGAGGGAGGUGACACACAGCCAAGCUGUGGAGGCCCUUAAGGAGGCAGGUGCUAUCGUCCGCCUUUAUGUUCUCCGCAGAAAACCAGCAGCGGAGAAAGUCACUGAAAUCAAACUCAUCAAAGGACCUAAAGGAUUAGGUUUCAGCAUUGCUGGAGGGGUGGGAAACCAGCACAUACCAGGAGAUAACAGUAUCUAUGUCACCAAGAUCAUUGAAGGCGGCGCGGCUCAUAAAGAUGGGCGUCUGCAGAUCGGGGACAAGAUCUUAGCGGUGAACAACGUGUGUCUGGAAGAUGUGAUGCAUGAGGAUGCGGUGGGGGCUCUGAAGAACACAGCCGAGGUGGUGUACCUCAGGGUGGCCAAGCCCAACAACCUGUUCCUGACCAACUCCUACAACCCCCCAGACCUCACCAGCACAUAUUCCCACAUGGAUACUGAACUCAGCCACCCCAACUAUCUUGGGUCAGAUUACCCACAAGCGCUCACUCCCACCUCACCUAGUCGGUUUUCUCCCGUCCUGCAUGGCAUGAUGGGAGAUGACGAGAUCCCCAGGAUACCUCUCCUCCAUCUCUUUUCCAGGGAGCCUCGCAGAGUUUUGAUUCACCGAGGCUCCACAGGUCUGGGAUUCAACAUUGUCGGAGGAGAGGACGGAGAGGGGAUCUUUAUCUCUUUCAUCCUGGCAGGGGGGCCAGCUGACCUCAGUGGAGAGCUGCACAAGGGGGAUCAGAUCCUCAGCGUGAACGGUGUGGACCUGCGUAUGGCCACACACGAGCAGGCGGCUGCAGCACUGAAGAACGCUGGCCAGACAGUGACCAUCAUCGCGCAGUACAGACCCGACGAGUACAGCCGUUUUGAGGCCAAGAUCCAUGACUUGAGGGAACAGCUGAUGAACAGCAGCAUGGGCUCUGGGACCACGACGCUAAGGAGCAACCCAAAGAGAGGCUUCUACAUCAGGGCUCUUUUUGACUAUGACAAGACUGCGGACUGUGGCUUCCUCAGUCAGGCACUGGGCUUCAAGUUUGGGGAUGUGCUGCAUGUGCUGGACUGUGGAGAUGAGGAGUGGUGGCAGGCCCGUAAGGUCAGCCCCCAGAAUGAGGCUGAGGAGGUCGGCUUCAUCCCCAGCAAGCACAGGGUGGAAAGAAAAGAGUGGUCUCGUGUCAACACCAAAGAGAGGGACCAUGGUCGAGACAGCUUGAGCACUCAAGGGAGAGAUAAAACCUCACACAGUUAUGAGACGGUCACCCAGGUGGAAGUUCAUUAUGCGAGGCCCAUCAUCAUUCUGGGUCCAGUGAAAGACAGGAUAAAUGAUGACCUGUUGUCUGAGUUCCCUGACAAGUUUGGAUCUUGUGUCCCUCACACCACGCGGCCCAAGAGGGAGUAUGAGGUGGAUGGGCGGGACUAUCACUUUGUGUCGUCACGGGAACAGAUGGAGAAGGACAUCCAGAGCCAUCGGUUCAUCGAGGCGGGCCAGUACAACAGUCACCUGUAUGGCACCAGUGUCCAGAGUGUCCGUGAGGUGGCUGAGCAGGGGAAACACUGCAUCCUGGAUGUGUCGGCCAACGCUGUGCGCAGACUACAAGCAGCCCAGCUCCAUCCCAUCGCCAUCUUUGUCCGGCCCAAGUCACUGGAGAAUGUGCUAGAGAUCAACACUCGCCUGACCGAGGAGCAGGCCAGGAAAGGAAUGGAUCGAGCCCUCAAACUGGAACAAGACUUCCUAGAGUGCUUCUCAGCUGUGGUGGAAGGGGACAGCUUUGAAGAGGUCUAUCACAAAGUAAAGACAGUGAUCGAGGAGCAAUCAGGGCCUUACAUCUGGAUCCCCACUCGGGAGAGGCUGUGA